AUGAACAAUCGACGCAAACGCAAGAUCACAUUUUUCACAAUUGGAUUUAUAUUCCUACUAAGCGGCGUUGAGUACGCUGUGAUUUUACCCACGAUAUGGCGAUAUCUGCAGACUCUUGACGCGGCGCCAUAUUUCUUGGGCCUCGGUCUGUCGGCGUUCAGCCUCAGCGGGCUUCUCUCAGGCCCACUGUUCGGCCACUGGUCUGACAGAACACGCACUACCAAAAACAUCAUUCUCUUCGCCAACUGCUUUGAAAUAGUUGGUAAUUUCAUGUAUUUCAUGGGAUAUUCUAAAUGGCUGUUGCUCAGUAGUCGUUUUGUUGCAGGUGUUGGGACUGGUGCUGGCUCAUCCAUCUUUGGCUUCCUGACAAGAAGCACCGCCCCCAAAAAUCGCUCUACUGUAUUCGCUGCUGUCAUGGCCUGCCGCCAGGUUGGCCUGCUAAUUGGCCCUGCUUUCAACAUCUUUCUGCGGCUGUGUGACUUCCAACUGGGUCCAUUUGUGGUGAACAAGUACACUGCACCUGGGGUCUUCAUGUGUGCACUGUGGCUCCUUAUGCAACUGGUGGUGCUGCUGAUGUACUGGGACAUCCCCCCCCCAGGCAUUGCUAUGGAGGAAGAAGGGGAGGGGGAAGAAGGUAGGCCGCUGGUCAGGCCCCAUGAACCCACUGACUGCUACGGCACGCUUCCCAACUCCGGCUCCUCACUAACGGCUGAAGUGAAGGGGGACCUGCCCUCACCUUGCCUUCCACCUGAACAGGUCCACUCCAGCCCCAUCAAACACUUCAGUGCCAGUCGAGAGUUCCUCAAAGAAGAGGUGUUGGUCCUGCUUGCUGCCCAGUUUAUUACACUGUUCAACCAAAUGGCACUGGAGACUAUGGUGACUCCUCUGACUCAGAGAUUCUUUAACUUUGGUGAGCUGGAGAACAGCAUCAUGUACUGUUUGUGUGGGGUGGAGGUGAUUGCUGGCUUUGUGUUUGUGCGCUGGUUCAGCAGGCGGGUGGAGGAGAGGGUGGUACUUGCUGUAGGCCUCAUCCUCUGCAACAUCUCCUGUGUGUGGUGCCUCAUUUUCCUUGCCAACCCUCAGGGUGGAUUUCCUUGGCAGCUGGGAGAGUUCAUUAUCGGGGUGUUCCUCCAGGUUUUGGGUCUUCCAUUUGUAGCUGUUGCCCAAGUGUCUCUUUUCUCGAAAAUCACGGCAGAGAAGACACAAGGUUUUAGUCAAGGAAUACGGCGCUCUGUUGGAGGGCUGGCAACCAUCUUGGGUCCACUCUGGGCAGGAGGUUUGACCUCUAACCUUUACGUAAUGCUGGGCGUGAUGAUGGGUUUGCUAGCACUGCUUACUAUAAUGAUGGCUGUCUCCUAUGAGCGACUGGUAGAGCGACCUACAGUGGAGCAUACAGACAGCCUGGAGGACUGACACGACCUGUACAGGAGCUCUUACUGAGUUGCAGCACAGCUGCUGCACACUUCACCUUCAUUCUUUUCCACUGUGGGGCUGAAUGGUUACCAAGACUGCCAUGCGUCGUUCUGCAGUCAGGCACACUGGUUUAUGGUUUCCAUUUCCAUCUGUUCUACUGUUAAGCUGGGAUCAGGAAGGGCCUGAGAAAGCAGAAUAGGUAUGUGACAGUUGUAAAAUAAAAUAUGAAGAACUGUGAGUCCUAUGAGUGUUUUUAGGGGGCCUGUUUUUUACUUCAUUAAGCCACUCAUCUGAAGAGUACUUUUCUACUCAGUAUGGGUAGCUAAGGCCUCUUUUUCACCAAAGGCCUGAACAGUGUUGAUCAAAGAGUGUAAACUAAACUAGUAGCAUUUCCAUAUGGACACAGUUUGACACGGAACUCUUACAAGCCUCACUCUGUCUGGUUUCCUCAGCCUGGUUACUUCUUCAUGCUGAGUUGAAGAACGAUUCUGGCCCAUGACUUGAUGAUGUAGAGAUUCACUGAUUUGCGUCACAUUUGUAUUGUCAGAUUUGUGGCUUCUGUACUUCUAAUGAAAAAAAACAAAAACAAAGUGAGAAUGAAGUCCUGUCUGUGUGUUUGAUGUUACAAUUGUUCAGUGUCUACUAUUCUGUGCUACGUUGCACCAAAAAGGAAAAAAAAACAAAAAACAGAACAGACAAAAAAGCUUACAGAACUCACAGUUGUCAAACACCUGGAGCAAAGAUAAGAACUGUCUCAUUCUCCCUUUGGCACCGACUGAUCCUAAUGGAAAAAGCACCAGUAAAAAUGUCUCACGAGUCUGCACUAGCAUGGAGAGGAACCAUGCAGCCUUGGUAACCCUUUGGCCCUGCAGUGAAAAAUGGGUCUAACCAGGCUGACCAUGGAAAUGGUUUAGCACAGAACGCUUAUAAACCACUAUAAGCGUUCUGUGCUAAACCAUUUCCAUAUGAAUAUACUGCUGGAAUGCAGUUCCACUGUUUGCUCAGGACCCAGACCAGGACUCAGAACUGGCUCUACAGUGGAAACAAGGCCAUUGUCUCCUUAACACAGUGGAAGAAAACAAACGUGUUAACCAGGCUGUCAACAGCUCCCCAGAAAGGCUUACAUUCAGUUCAACUACGUUAAAGCAUUUAAAAAGUUAAACAUUUUUAUUGUAUUUUAUUUAAUUACUUUUUUUAUUUUAGCCCCCUGAGGUCCUAAAUAUGUAAUAGUGUAAUGGCACUGGGUGUGUAAAAUAUGGUGAUGCCUGUUUAACUGCAAAUUUUACCACUCGUGGGGUGGUUAUUCCAUACACUGAAUGGUUGGCAAGAUGCCAUCUUUGUGUAACUUACAGUGAAAAGCAUUUCUGAUGAAUAUGUUUUAUCUCCCCAGUACAAAUACAGACAAGGUCAUAAAGAAGUUCAAACUGCUCUUGGCUUUGGCAGAUGCCACAUUUCUGCUACUUGGUUGAAAGAGGGAAAGAACUGGAAGCUUCUGUGUCGCCAACAAUAAAAACCUAAAGCUUGGCAUGAUGGGAAAACCUCAAGAAUAGUUGUCAAAAUAUAUAAAAGUUGUCAUAUAUACUUAGUUAAGAAUAUAUAAAAGUUUCUAUUUUUGCUGUUUAUUAAUCAUUUAAUUAGUGUGCCCUUCAUUAGUGUUUAUCAUUGAUAUUAACUGAUACUAAAGAAUUCUUACAAAGUCUUAAACUGAAUUUGUCUAACCCUUUAAGGACUGUAGUUGACAUUUUUGCACUGUUCACAUAUGUUUCGCACAGUUUUUCAAAAUAGUUAGCACUCACUACAGCAAAACAUGCAAAAUUCACUGGACAGCUGUGUAAAACAAUAAAGAU